GUUUCUGUGAGCGUAUUUAUACACGAUCAUUGUGAACUGUGACAGCACCAUAUACGUGUGUCGGCGUCAACCCUGUCCCAACCGGAGCUGCAGCCGAGUUGCACCAACUUCAAUCGCAAUGGAUGUCACCUUUGACAACAUCACCUAUACGGUAUCUACCGGUAAACGGGAAAAGAAAACCGUCCUCAAUGGCGUGUCCGGGCGGUUUCAGUCCGGCGAGCUGACCGCCAUCAUGGGCCCGUCCGGGGCAGGCAAAUCGUCGCUGCUAAACAUUCUUACCGGUUACACGACACACGGUGUGAAGGGUACGCUUGCGUUCGGCAGCAGCGGCAGCACAAACCGUAAGCUGUGCAGCUACAUCCUACAGGAAGACUAUCUGCAGCCCCUGUUCACCGUGCACGAGAUAAUGCUGAUGGCCUGCGAUCUGAAGGUUUCGUCCGACAGUCUUAACCGCAGCGAAAAGCUUCGGCUGGUGGACAAAAUUCUCGACACGUUACACUUGAGCUACUGCAAGCAGACGCGCUGUGGCAGUUUGUCCGGCGGCCAGCGGAAGCGUCUAUCAAUCGCACUGGAGCUUAUCGAUAAUCCGCCGAUCCUCUUUCUGGACGAACCGACCACCGGCCUGGACAGCUCGUCGUCACUGUACACGAUCAAGCUGCUGCAGGGGCUGGCCCGCGAAGGGCGCACCAUCGUCUGCACCAUCCACCAGCCGUCCGCCACCGUGUAUGAAAUGUUUGACCACGUGUACGUGCUGGCCGAGGGCCACUGCGUCUACCAGGGUUCGGCCCUGAACACCGUACCGUACCUGCGCUCGGUCGGGCUGCACUGUCCGGCGUAUCACAAUGCGGCCGAUUACUUGCUGGAGGUCACCAACAAGGAGUACGGCAACUUUACCAAAGCGCUUGCCAAAGCCGCCACCGAUCCGAGCUGGCGAUUGGCCCCGCUCGUCGACCGGUUGGGCGGUGGUGGUGGUGGUGGAGUGCCGGCCGCACUACCCCCCUGUCCGCCGGCCUACGACAGCAAUCACAACGAUGCCAUCUACCAGGGCCACCGGAAGGAAGUGGCGGUGGUCGUACCGCUGGUCGGCCCGGUGGACCAGCUGCCCGGCAAGAUGGCGGACCAGAGCCAGCGCCGACCGUCCGAGUUUGCCAAACUGUUGAUCCUGAUGAAGCGCUCCAACAUUCAGCUGUACCGGGACUGGACGGUAACGCAUCUGAAGCUGUUUGUUCACAUCGUGUGUGCCAUCGUGAUUGGAUUGCUGUUCGGCGAUUCGGGCAUUAACGCAACGAAAUCGAUCUCGAACGUGGCCUCGUUCAUGGUGCACAUACUGUACCUGUGGUACACGACGGUGAUGCCGGGCGUGCUGAAAUAUCCGUACGAAAUGAAUAUCUUAAAGAAGGAAUCGUUCAACCGGUGGUACAAAAUACGGACGUACUUUGUCGCGUCGAUGCUGACGUCACUGCCAGUGCAGAUCUUCUUUGCGAUCGUUUACGCCACGAUUGUGUACGCGAUGACGUACCAACCGUGCGAGCUGGAGCGCUAUCUCAUGUUUACGGCCGUGCUGGUGCUCAACACCAUCGUUGCCGACGGGUUCGGCCUGUUUCUCGGCACGUUCCUGAACGAAAUCAACGGAACGUUCAUCGGUGCCAUCAUGACCUGCUUCAUGUUUGUGUUUUGCGGUUUUCUCAUCAUGUUCAGCCACAUGUCGGAUGCGAUGCGGGGCAUCAGCUACCUUUCCUCCCAUCGCUACAGCUUCGAGGCGCUCGUGCUGACCGCCUACGAUGACAGCCGGAGCGACCUGGUGUGCCCGAAGGACGAGAUGUACUGUCACUACGUGAAAGCCAACACGAUCAUGCGGGAGCUGGGCGUAGUGUCCGGCAACUAUCUGUUCAACGUGGUGACGCUGGUCGUGCAUUUCGUUGCAAUUAAGGUGGUUGGAUUCUGGACGCUGAAGCGCAAGCUGAAGAUGGGUUAACCCACAACAGGUCAAGAGGUCACUCAGUAAAUACACAAACCCACACACACCACACACACCCCACACACACAAACAAGCAUGACUUAAGCACGGACAAGCGGUAACCGGCGUGCCGGAAGCUGGCUUACUGGCACGGUUGGAGCAGCAGGAGUAGAAGAAGUGUAUGAGUAGGAGUAGUAGCGGUAGCACUAGCAAAACCCUUAAGAGGAAUGGAUUGUGAUUAAUAUUUCGUUGUAUAUUGUGGCGUACUUUAAACAUUUUUUUUUAUACUGAAUUGUAUUUUUUUCCUGGAACAUGUGAAUAUUGUAAUAGAAACUACAGGUGUGAACGUGAUUCACGCACGCUCGUGAGGCGAAAGGUGUGCUACGAGCCAAAUGCAUUAAAAGUGGUACAAAUGGAAAUAUUUAAAUGA